UUUUUACAAUAUAAUAUUUCUCAGUAAGAAGCCAAAAGAUGUACUUCGAUAAUUCCAAUCGAACAUUCAAGAGUGAAUUAUUUGAUAAAAAUCCUAAUGCUGCAAAGAAAAACCCUUUUGCUAGUGCUGCCAUUUCUAAUGGCAGUAGUUUGUUUCAAGCAGUACCUGCUCAAGAUUCCACUAAUGUUUUUGCGGAAAAACAUCAGAAGCCUUGUCUGAAGUUGAAAUAUAAUAACAGAGUAAAGAAGAUAGCCACUAUACCGAGGAGCUUCCAAAAAUUCAACUCGAUUAUUCAGAACAAGUAUGAAGACUUCUCGUAUGGAAAAGAUUCAUACAAGGCAUGAUACCUUGAUAAUGAAGAUGACCAGGUAGAUAUCUCAGAUGAUGAGGAUUAUGAAGUUUUCCUUCAGUACUUAGAAACCGUCAACCAGCCUAGUGUUAAAGUCUUCCUCAAUAACAAUUCUGAAGAUAGAAGAUUUAGCAAGACUAUUGAUGAUGAAGCUACUAUUCAUGAAUCUAUCUUAGGAGAUACAAUGAUCUGCUCAACCUUGGACAGACCUAAUCUAGCUCCUCAGUCAAACCUAGGAUUCCUAAGACUUGAUGAGUUACAGAAAGAAAAUGAGUAUCUUAAAUCCCUGCUUCUUCAAAAUGAGACUGAAAAGAAGUCUUUAGAAGAAGGAAAAAGCAGAAUUGAGCCUGAUACGAUGAAGUUCUGCAAAAAUCAUAAUUUUAAAGAAGCUAAACUCACUCAAGAAGAAGCCCAGAACGCUUACCAGAAGUAUCUCUUAGAUCAAACAGAGAAGGCUCAGAGAGUACAUAAACGCAAUACAGUUUUUGUGAAGAAUAAGGGUUUAAUAGACAAGAAGGCGUCUAUACCUCAAGAAAUUCCCAAGAAAGGGCUCAAGUAUCUCCAUUCGUAUAGUUCUGAAGAUGAGCCAUUACAAAAGACCCUCUCUGACUUUGAUUCGGACUCUGAUUUUGACUUAGAAGUUGAUGAUGAUAAUUCAACAAAACAGUUUGUUAACAAGAAAACAAUUGAUUUGAAUGAUGAGGAAGUGCCUUUGAAGUCGUAUCCCGUAAAAGGGUCUUAUGAUCCUUUGAAAAAUCCUUUUGUAGCAAAGAAUUAUACUAAACAAGAUGAAGCUCCAAAAAUCACUAGAAAUCCAUUUAUAACUAAGAAGGAGAAAGUUGAGUCAGGUUCGAAUCGUAAAGUUCAGAAAAAGAUACCCAUCGAACAGAUCAUCUGUAGUGAAUGCAGUAGAGACCUGAAGUCUGAAACCCGAUUUGUUUGCUCCAUUAGAAAUGGCUAUACGCUUUGUGAAAGAUGUGAGCUCAAAAGAAAAGACGGAUAUGUAUUCCUUAAGAUCCCUAAAGGAGUUAAGUUAGAUCAAGCUGAGUACGAUAAAUUCUGACAGAAAAUGUUAGGGAUUUACACUCCUCCAGUUCCCAAGAAAGAGUAUCCGCGUGCUAUUCUAAAUCGUAACAAAUCAAAGGGAAAUGUCAGGCUUGACCCAGUCCUCAGAAACAUGGCGCUGAUAAUGAAUAAGCAGGAUUAUGAGAGAGGAGUUUGGUGUGAGAAAGGUGAUCUAGUCACUCUCAAUUUUGAGAUAAAAAAUAUGAGUCAUCUCUCAUGGAGCAACAACAUUGUCUUAGACUGCGAAAAUGAUUCUGACUUAUUGCUGGAAAGACAGAAAGUGAAUACCCAGCUUCGAAGGGGCGAGGAAGGCAACAUCGAGAUAAAAUUCUUGAUACCAAAAAAUGCUGGAAAGAGAGGGGUUCUUAAAUUGAAAAUGUACUUGGGUGACAUGACCGCCAGGAAAGUCUUCGGGGAGCCUAUCAUCGUUAAACUAUUACAAUUUGAGUAA